AUGAUGACGCCUAUGCGUUAUGUGGUAUUGGUGCUGGGCAUCAUUAUCAGCUUGCACUUCCUCCUCAGCUUCUCUCACGAGGAGUAUGGCCGCGCGACCUCUCUCACCAACCUGUCAGAACACUUUGGCGGUGCCAAGACCCACCCGCCGUACCAGGACGGCGUUCCGGAGGACUACUACGUCACGCCGAACCCCUCGCCAAAAGGCAGACGGGCGAAUGCUACCUUUGUCUUCUUGGCUCGCAACAGUGAUCUCAGUGGUGUGGCCGUGAGCAUGAAGCAAGUCGAGGACCGUUUCAACAAGGAAUUCCAGUACCCCUACGUGUUUUUGAACGAGGAACCCUUCUCAGAAGAAUUCAAGGACCGUGUGCAAACCCUCACCGACUCCAAGAUCGAAUUUGGCCUCAUCCCGAAGGAGGAAUGGGUUCAGCCGGAAUGGAUAGACGAGGCCCGUGCCACCGCUGCGCGCAAGGACAUGAUGGAAAAGAACGUCAUCUACGGUGGAAGCGUCCCCUACCGCAACAUGUGUCGGUUCAACUCUGGCUUCUUCUACAGACAUGAGCUACUCGCCAAGUACAAGUACUACUGGCGUGUCGAGCCUGACGUCAACUUCUUCUGUGAUAUUCACUACGACCCCCUGCUCUUCAUGCAGGACGAGAAGAAGGUUUACGGCUUCACUGUGUCGCUCUAUGAGUACCCGGCUACUAUUCCGACCCUGUGGGACGCGGUCAAAGAGUUCACUGAGGCGAACCCUGAGCUCUUGCCGAAAGAUAAUGCCCAGAGAUUCGUCUCUGACGAUGGAGGCCAGACCUACAACAACUGCCACUUCUGGAGUAACUUCGAGAUCGGUGACCUUGACUUCUGGCGCGGCGAGGCUUACACAAAGUUCUUCGACUUCCUCGACAAGAAGGGCGGCUUUUACUACGAGCGGUGGGGCGACGCGCCAGUACACAGCAUUGGCGCCGCGCUGUUCGCAAAGAAGGACCAGAUCCACUUCUUCAACGACAUCGGAUACCGGCACAACCCCUUCCAACACUGCCCACAAGGCGAGGCGCACAAGAAGGGCAAGUGCUGGUGCGACCCGAAGGACAACUUCGAUUACGAGUGGUACAGUUGCCUCAAGCGCUACGACGGUCUGUUCAAUUGA